AUGGGCGACCAAGCCGUUCCCGAGUUCUCAACUUCUCUUGUACUCCCCGCCUUCAACGAGCCUCUCAAGCCCGAGAAGACUCCACUUCCCAAGACUGUCCCUCCUGGAUCAGUCAUUGUCCGUGUCCUCAGCACGCCAGUACGCCCUCAUCAACGCGAAGGCUUCAAAGGAAACAGUCCUCUUUCCUUCAAACCCCCGUAUAACCCCGGGGAUGGUGGCGUUGGUCGCAUCGUAUCAGUUGGGCCUGACGCUGUCGCUCUCAAACCUGGUCAGCUUGUCUACAUGAACAACUUCAUCACGGCAAGAGAUGAUCCCAACACCCGAGUUCUGCUCGGUAUUCAUGACGGCGGUGGUCCCGAAGCUGACUUGAAGCUUUUCAAUCUCUGGAAGGGCUUCUGGAGAGAUUUCGCUGUUGUUGCCAUGGAGAAUGUCAUCCCUCUGAAUGAAAAGAUUCUUGUCGAUGAGAUGGGUUACUCAUAUGGAGACCUGAGCUACAUUCAACGCCUCUCGGUAGCAUACGGCGGUAUCAGAGCUGCCAAUCUUCAAGCCGGCGAGACUGUUAUUGUUGCUCCAGCCACAGGACACUUUUCCGGCGCGGUUGUCGAACUGGCAGCCCAGAUCGGCUGUCGCGUGAUUGCCCUUUCACGCUCAGCCUCUAAGCUAAAGCCUCUCACGUCUCGAUACCCUCGCGUCACCGCCGUUGAGCUCACUGGUGAUGAGAAGAAGGAUACCGAGGCCAUUGCCGCACUUGUGCCCGGAGGCGCUGAUGCUUACAUCGACGUGUCUCCGCCUGCAGCGACAGCUUCACAUCAGCACCUCAACAUUUCCAUCAACUCACUUGCGUCUUUCGGUCGUGUUGUCUUUCUGGGUAUGAUGUUCGAUAUCAAGAUCAACUAUGCUAGCCUCAUGCUUCGAAACAUCACGAUCAAAGCGCAGUUCAUGUACACGCGCCAGGAGUUGGUAUCUUUGGUCAAGAUGAUUGAAACGGGAGUUCUCAAACUGGGCAAGGAAGCUGGACAUGAGAUUGUAGAGAAAGGGUUCUCCAUAGAAGAAUGGGAGAGGGCGGUCACAGUUGCAGAGACGGCUAUGGCUUGGGGACAACAGGUUUUGCUCUAUCCCUAG